AAAACAAUAAUGCUUAGCGAAUAGCGGUUGUCUGUUGAUUGGAGAUUAUUUAGGUAGACCAGUUGGAAUAAAUGGUAUAGAGUAAACGGUGACGGGUAACAUUAAUUCAGUUACAGUCUUCGCCGAGCGUGUUUAUUGUCGUGACAGUUCCCGUUAACCGCCAAAUGUGACGUUGAAAAUAUUUCUCCCUUAAAGAAAACACGUGAGUUCUCAAAUCGGGUUUCAGAUAUUAAAAUUUUCGUAUAUAGGUACAUUUAUACAAUAUACACUGCCACCGCGAUGGCACCAAAUUCGCCUUGUUUCAAUUACCAUCUGGACAACCAUGCUGUUUAUUUGCAACAGCAGAAUUCAUGCAGCCAACAAAUAAAUAGCAGUCACCAGCGUAGUCCGUAUGGCUCAUGGAUGUCAGUUUUGGCAGAAAAUCAUUUGAAAUUGGUGAAAGAGAAAUUCGCCGCCGUCAAUAGUUAUUAUUUUAAAGAGAACUAUGUCGAGCCGGUCGACAACUUCUCUUCAAAUUUGAGCGCCGUUGGCGUAGAAGCUGCUGGACAAAAUAAAUGGUUGAGAGAAAUGCGAUGGUUCGCCCGUUUGCGAUUAGAGUCAAUGCGCCAGGCAAUGGUUCAACAAAUAAUGAACAAGAAGGUAGAAAUAUGGCAGAAGAAGAAGACUGAAAUGUUACGUAAUAAGAAGCACAAUGUUUCGUUCAAGCCUAAGUUUCAACGCAGUGAAAUCUUAAUCAAGAAAGAAAACUACAAACUCAUUCUGGAGCAAAUCCAGAAACAUUCUCAAACCGAGCAAACUGUCACAGUAAACCCUGAACAACGUUGCAGAGAAAUCUGUUAUAAUGCAACUAUGAAGAAAGCUAUAUCACUGUUCGAAAACGUGAGUAAUGAAGUAAAAAAUAAACAAUUUCAAUUAUCAAUUGACACUUAUAAAUCGUUAGAGUCUAGGAUAAAUAUUCUAAAAAAUGUUCAAGUUAUUGAAGAAUCGUCUUUAAUAGCUACUUACAGCCUAUUAAAUGAUCUCACAUUGUUUAAUAAUAAUGUGGUAAAAACAAAUCAAACAAAAACGGAAGUAACUUCCACCAAAAUUGACAAUAAAAGAAAUCCGUUAAGAAAGUUUUCUAUUAAUAUUCCCGAUAAGAGCGUUAUAAAAAAUGUGAAACGACAGUUUGUUGCUUUAGUCAAAAACAAUGAUGCAUUAAUAAAAAAUUUAAUUGUAAUAGAAAAUGUACCAUUUGCAACUGAUCCAACUACAAAAUUACAACGACAUAAUAUAAUUAAGGUCAUCAACACUCUAGUCAAUACUAUUUCAUCUUCUUCGCCUGCUCACCUGACAGAAAAGUAUACCAAGUUGAAUGCAUUACUAAGUGGAAGGUUCAUAUGUGUGGCUAACACAAAUGUUAUGGUUGGCCAAAAUAAAGAAGCACAACUGUUUUGUAUGGAUACUUUGGCAAAAAAAUUCAUCAGUCAUGCGGAGGAGGUAUUAAGUGUUAAAGCGCAGGCCGCUUUUGAAAUGGCAGCUGUAGCUGUUAAACUUUGGUCUAAUCACUCAGAUUUUGGCAAAAUUCUUUUCUCAAAAAUUAAACAAAAAUGCCCAAUAUUGGUACCAUUUUGUUGCCGUGCAAUGAAAAUCGCUAAUUUCGAACAGUUAAACUAUCAAUUACUUGGGUACAAAGUUGAUUUGGCCGGAAAUAUUGAAAAUCAAGAAAAAUAUCUGAAGCGUAUGACUGGCAUAAUACGACUGUACGCAGCUCUAAUAAUUUCUUCAUUGAGGUGUGACCAACCAGUACUAGGUCUAGCCCAUGCAUGGACUCUAGUAGCGGGUGUAUUAAACAAAAAUCCGAUAGUUGACAUUACACCUACACUAUUAGUUGAAUUUUUACAAAUCGCUGGAUUUGCAAUGCACCAAACAUACAAAAACCAGUUUAUGAAAUUGUUACAGUAUAUGAACAACAACUACAUAAACAAAAUCCAACUUAUUACACCUCCUGGCUGCGGCGGUCCUGUUACUCGCUUAAAAAACAUGGUAAUGAAAUGUUUAGAGUCUAGAUCUAUUUCUGAACCAAUUGGUCUGCUACCUUCAGAGUUUUGGUAAGUUUGGUUCAUAUGUAACUAAUUUAUUUUGAUACUAACAGUUUUUUAUAAAAAAAAAAAAAAAAAAUAAUAAAAAAAAGUUGUUUUAAAAUUAUUUAUUUGUAAAUUGUUGCUCAGAUUUAUUAUUGUUGUAUAGUAAAAACUUAUUUUUUGAGAUGAAAUUAUUGUAUGCUUUUUUGAUAUAGCGCUAAAUUAUUUAUAUAUUUAUUAUAAUUAUUGUUUGAUUUUUAACUUAUUUUUUGUCAUGUUUGAUUUUUUAAAUUUUAAAAUUAUUUAUUGAUUUAUUUAUGAUUGAUUCAUUCAUUUAUUUAACUGUUAUAAAUUUAUUGUUUAUUGCAUAGUAAUUAUUCAUGUGAUUAUAGCUUAUACCUAUUCAUUUUUAAACAUUUGUUUUUGAAUUAUCUAUC